GGGCGCUGCGAGCUCGGUGGCGGGAGCGCGAGGGUGCCGCCUCCGCCCCCCCGCCCCCGCCAUCUUGGGUGAGCGUCUGCGGCGACCCCGCCAUCCCUGUGGUGAGUGGUCCUGUGAAUUCCAAGAUGAAACAGAAACCGAACACAGAAAAAUCAUCAGGAUCUUUACAGAAGUACCUCACAGACACCACAUGCAAUGCUGCCCCAAGACGGACUCUUAAAAUGAUUCAGCCUUCAGCAACAGGUUGCCUGGUUGGCAGACGUAAUGAGAAGAAAUCUUCAGUCAAAGGGAAACUCUUGAAUAACAAGUUGACCUCAAAGGCUUGUAAAGCUGAGGUAUCUGUGGACAAGGAGCAAGAAAAUGAGAAUAUGAAUGAUGCCAUUCAAGCUGUAGAUCUCAUGAUAAAAGGAAGCCCUUCAUCUCAAUAUUGGAAAGAACUGGCUGAAGAAAGGAGGAAGGCUCUGUAUGAAGUACUUCAAGAAAAUGAAAAGCUGCACAAAGAAAUUGAACAGAAAGAUGGUGAAAUUGCCCGCCUGAAAGAAGAAAAUGAAGAGCUAAUGUCCCUUGCUGAACAUGUGCAUUAUAUGACCAGCAUGAUUGAGAGGCUAACUGGUCAAGCACCUGACAGUCUUGAGACACUGAAGAGUCUGGCUCUAGAGGAAUCUGAACAAGAAAAUAAAGAGCCUAACUGUGGAGACAGUGCAGACAGCACUUCUGAGGAAGGGCCAGCACAAGUAUCAUGUGGCUUAAGGGAAAGUAUAUCAGAUCUUGCUUCAAAGGAAGUAACUCAUUUGCAACAGGAGUGACAACUUUAAAUAGGCUUAUGUUUGUGGCUUUUAAUUGCAGACUUCCUCUUGAAAGGACAUGGUAAAACUUCUCAGGUGUAGAAACUCCUGUGGAAGCAUUACAGAUGUUGGGUUUUAACUGAAUAAUAUUAUGUAUCAGUGGGAGUAUCUGGAUACUGCAUAGUAAACUUACUACAGGCUGCACUUAGUUGCUUGUGUGAAAUGCAAAUACUGUGUAUUUCAAACUGUUAUGUAAAUAUCAGUUGGUCUGACAUGAUACAUGAAAAUUGAUAAAUAAAUCUUUGCCUUACCAAAACAGCCUUUUAUUGAGUGGCUAGUUCUAGGUUUGUAAGUCAAUUGCAACUACUAUAGAUAGAUUUCAAGUUUUUAGGGAGUGCCUGGUCAGUUUAACUCCGUAGAUUUGCAGCAUUCUGGAGAAAAUGGUGUUGGUGGAUGGGGAAAGCAAAACUUGUGUGCUGUUGGUGAGGCUUCAGAAAGUCAAGAAUGAGUAAUAAGAGCCAAGACUUGAAAUCUUGUUAGAUUUAUGUGUUUCAGGAGUUUUGAAAUAAUUGCCUUUGUCUUCUAAGGGAGACUUUUCCAAGAUGUACGGAUGAGAGCUUAAGACAAAGUAUUAGACAGUCUCUUUUAGAAUUACAUUUAUUGUAAAUUAAAGGUUGUUCUUGAUCGUAAUAGCAGCUGUACUGAAAAUUUAGGUGGAGACAAGGCAGCCUACACUUCAGGGCUAUUCUGAAAGGGAAUUUGGUGUUUGUUUUCAAAGUACUGCUCUGGUAUCUACCAAGAGAUGAGGCACCUUUUUAGCAAGAUGGUAAUGUUCUGAAGGAUUUACCGGAAUAAAAUAAAUGCUGUUUUAAAAAGCCUCUUUAAAAUGGUGAGCAACUUAUCUGGCAUCUGCAGGGGAGUGAGAUGCUUACAGCUGAAAGCACUGAGGUAGAAAGGGGGGGAGAGUAUGUUGAGGAUAGGUUUUCCAGUUCUGAGUGAACUCAGCAGUUGUUCUGUAAGUAACAGGGUCUUUGAAGGAUAGGCUUUAAAAAAUGAUUGCCAUUGCAAUGUCUUGUGAAGAGCUUAAAGUUGAGUGGCUUGCAGGAGGCAGAGAUAAUAGGAGAGAUUCUGGUAUAUGGAUCUAUCAGGCCUUGCCAAAAUGGGUGCUUCAGGGCAUCUGUGAACACACCUGUGGUGCUAUCAGAUGGGCACCUUUAGAUUCCUCCCACAUCUUAUUCCAUGUGGGUGUCAGUAGGCUAACAGAUGUUUCACAGCUGAUCAGUUGUGACAUUUAGGGAAUGUAAGGAUCAUUAUCUUCCUUCUAGCUUCCAUUUCAUCUUUAAUCUGGUAACCACAAGGUGAGGCAUCAUAUUUUCUUGUGUUAAAUCUAUUCCCAAAUACCUGGAUACUUUCUAAACAAAAGAUUAUGCCUUCCAGUUUGUGCUCUAGAGGAUGCUUAGACAAUCAUUUCCAUCACAGUGCAGAAAUGGUGAAGAAUGUGUAUCCUUUAAUUUGCUGUGUUUAAGAAAAAAACAAACUGGAUGCUGGAUAACUGCUUUGUAGAGAAACCUGGGUUUUCUGUUCAAAAGAAAUAAAUAAUACUGUCAAGUGACUUAAACAUCUUCUAUAUUGGAUUCUAAACAAUUUUCUUGUCAAAGUAGUUCUUCAGUAGUAAAUGAGGAAACAAUUUAAGUUGUUAUAAGUCUUUAUGCAGUGCAAUGUAGUUUGUUAGUCAUAGUUAAGUCAUUCUGCAGAAGUGGCUUUAUUUUUAAACAUCAGGAAUAUUUUGCAUCUGCAGAGACUGUAGAAGGGAAGAAAGCACUGUGUAAUUAGCUGGCCAGGCAGACCAAUCCAACUGAAACAGCAAGUGCAACUUCCAUCAUUUCACGUCUUGCUCCGUGAACUCCUGUAAUACAGGUGCUGUUGCUAGAACAAAGAACUGCCAGACAGUAACAAAUCCAGAAUUUUCAUGUGUUAUCUGCAUCUGGCUCUUCCUUAUUUUCAUCAAGAUGGUCAAGAGGAAUGCCUAAGGUUAAAUCUUGUGCUUUUUCUUGGUCAACUUUUAAAAAAAAUUCAAUAACAAAGACAGUUCCUUGAGUAGCUGGAUCAUUACUUCUGUUGAAAUGGAUUGUGUACAAAAUCAAUCAUGUGAGUUCUUCAUGUAGGCUGAUGAACGUAUUGCGGUACUUUUAAUAGAAGAACUUUUGGCAUCAGAAAGAUGUGGGCCACUUAGUAAUAGAUGUACUUUCAGCCCUUGUCUCUUCAAACCAAUGCUACUAUGGUUUUAUUAACUUUAAUUCAUUAGCAGAUAUAGUAGUUUGCUGUAUAAACUCUUGAAAAUACAUGCUGUGGGGAAGACACCAGAUAUAAGACAAAUAAGCAUGUGCUCUGUCCUGGAUGUAUUGGACCUUGAUAAAGUAAUCUCUCCAUACUUAUUGUAUCAGGAAAUAUUAAUGUAUGACAGUGUCAGUUUUGUGAUGCUGAAUUAAUUGCUGUUUUAAGUGUUCUAAAAGGGUCAAGUUUCAUUUAUUGUCCCCAAAAUUUCUGAGUAAUUUUUAAAACAUUCAUGGAGUAGAACUAUCCUGUAGUAAGUAUAGGAAUUUGGUAUGCAUGUGUGAAAGCCUUUGUUUUAAGUGUAUAGGGAAGCUCUUAUUUACCACUGAAACAUGGCUAUGUAAUGGCUGAAAAUCAACAUCACUAAAGACAAAGACAUUUCAUAUCCACCUGAAUUACAGACAAUAUUCUGUCUAGCAUAAUAAAAUUAUCAGUUGUGGAACCU